AUGGCCAGACGAACGAAAACGUUACUCCCAAUAAGUGAUACAUUGCUCAAACCAUCUGUCAUCGAGCCCAGUGAAGUUACGAAACGCUUAUCACAUUAUCGACAGCAAAGCAAAAAGUACUAUGACCGCACAGCUAAACCUCUUCCAAAUUUGCAAAAGGGAGAUGUGGUGCGGGUCACAGACAUCAAAGGGAAAUACAUGAAAAAAGGAACUGUUAUAAGCGAGACAAGUUAUCCAAGGUCCUACAUGGUAAAUAUAAAUGGACGAAACUAUCGAAGAAAUCGUCGCCAUCUUCUGAAAGUGAAAGAAGAACCAGAUAGUGAGCAUGAAUACGACACAAUCGUAGAACCGAUCAAUCAGGAAGAAAUCAUCGUAGAACAAACCAAUUGGCAAGAAACAAUCGUGGAACCAAGUCAAGUUACAGAUCACCAAGAUGACCACGAGAGACAACAUGGUUUACCAAGAUCUCGUUUUGGAAGAGUUAUCAAACCACCUGAUCGCUUGAACCUUUGA